CAAAACGAGCAGCUAUGGGCUGCAAUUGAUUCAGUUUCGCUGAGGCAGCCUUGCGAACAGUUGCGUUAUAAUUACUUGUAUUAAGAAAAAUAUUAACUUGUCGAAAUGUGGAAGAACCUGAUUCUCGGUGCGGUCCUUGUGGCCUUUGUGGCAGUGCCGUUGGCCAACUCGCUGACCUGCAACAAGUGCAACUCGCCGUCUGGAUGCAAAAGUCCCUCCUCCGAAACCUGCUCCAAUUCGACGGCUAAUGCCAACAAACAAUUUCUGGAAGGAUACCAUAGUAAUGUGCCCGCCGUGAGUGGCAGUCUGAAUUUUUCCUGUGCCAAUCUCACCUACUACCAUCCAGCAAACUACUCUCACACCUUUGAGUUCCUGGGCUGCGUCUUCAACGAGACAAAUGUCUGCAACCUCGCCCUGACCAACACCCAGAGUGGAUGGAGCAAGAAGUGCCUCCAGUGCGGCACCGACUACUGCAACCCAGCUGGAACCUACAGCAGCAGUGUCUAUACCAUCGUGGGAUCCGCCGUGGUCCUGGUUUUGGCCAAGGUUCUAAGCUAGACCAAGAUCUGUCGAUCCAACUACUUUUCGUUGUUUAAUAUUUAUUUCAAUUAAAAAUAAAACUCUUUGGGAUGAGAAACAA